UUGCACCCUUCUUUCCCCUUGUUCUUUUAUAACAGAAAAAACCAACCAUCUUUGCCAGCCGAACCAGCUCUCCCCAUAGCACUUGACAAAAACAAACCAACUCUUCCCAUCUCCAAACUAUAACUUAAAGCUUUCUCUUUCAUUCCCUGAAAAAUCCUCAUCAUCCUCCCAGCAACGUUAGAAAGGAAAUUGAAUUCCCGGGUUUUCUUGGGUUUUUGAAUUCCUUUCUGGGUUGCUGGCAAAAUUUGAUCAUUUGUACAUUGGCAUUAAAAAGUUUGUUUCUUUUUCAUUUUUGCCGGAAAAUCCCAUUUCGGGGGUAUAAGGGGGCAGGGGACUGAAUUUCUUGGGAUUUAUUGGGGUUCUGUGUUCCGGUGGCGGGGUGAGAAGAGGGAUUGCUUAGUUUGUGAGAUCUUAGAGAGAUGGUGAUGGCUGCAUCGCCAAGGAAAUCAAUAAAUACGGUGUUUCAGAGGGUAGGGGUGUAUGGAUUUGGAGGGAGCAGCCAGAAGAGAGCCAAGUAUGACAUUCAAGAUGAGGAUGACAUCAUGGAGAUGGAACAAAUAGGUGCUGAGAGGACCAAGAACGUGUUGAUUCUCAUGAGUGAUACAGGUGGUGGUCAUAGAGCUUCUGCUGAAGCCAUCAGGGAUGCGUUCAAGUUGGAAUUUGGUGAUCAAUAUAGGAUUAUCGUGAAGGAUGUCUGGAAAGAGUAUACGGGCUGGCCACUGAAUAACAUGGAAAACCAAUACAAGUUCAUGGUUAAACACGUGCAGCUCUGGAACGUUGCAUUUCACAGUACCUCUCCUAGAUGGAUACACAGCCUCUAUCUUGCUGCGAUUGCAGCAUUUUACGCAAAGGAAGUAGAGGCCGGCCUAAUGGAGUACAAGCCAGACAUUAUCAUUAGUGUGCAUCCACUUAUGCAGCAUAUUCCUUUGUGGGUUCUUAAAUGGCAAGGCCUACAGAAGAAAGUGAUCUUUGUAACAGUCAUUACUGACCUCAAUACUUGCCAUCGCACCUGGUUUCAUCCAGGAGUAAAUAGAUUAUACUGUCCGUCAGAUGAGGUUGCAAAACGGGCUCUGCUAGAUGGCUUGGAAGAAUCUCAACUUCGCGUCUUUGGCUUGCCUAUCAGACCUUCUUUUUGUCGUGCUGUUCUCUCGAAGGAUGAUUUGAGAGUCGAGCUUGAGAUGGAUCCAGUUCUGCCAGCAGUUUUGCUAAUGGGAGGUGGUGAAGGGAUGGGCCCUGUGAAGAAAACCGCAAAGGCUCUUGGAGAAACUCUGUUUGAUCAAGAACUCAGCCGACCGAUUGGCCAAUUGAUCGUCAUAUGUGGUCGUAAUGAAAACCUAGCCAACACAUUAAAAUCGCUUGAAUGGAAGAUCCCAGUUAAGGUUAGAGGAUUUGAGACGCAGAUGGUGAAAUGGAUGGGCGCUUGCGACUGCAUUAUAACGAAAGCUGGACCUGGUACAAUUACAGAAGCAUUGAUCAGAGGUCUUCCUAUCAUUCUCAACGACUACAUCCCUGGACAAGAAAAAGGGAACGUUCCAUAUGUAGUCGACAACGGUGCGGGGGUAUUUACCAGGAGCCCCAAGGAAACAGCCAGGAUUGUGGCUGGAUGGUUCACCACCAAGACGGAUGAGCUGACGAGAAUGUCAGAGAAUGCUCUGCAACUCGCAAAGCCGGAUGCAGUUUUUGACAUCGUGAGGGACAUCCAUGAGCUUGCUUGCCAAAGAGGACCCAUGGCGAGCGUCCCCUAUAUGUUGACAUCAUCAUUUUCGGAACUAAUUUAACCUGACAUCGUCAUUUAGCAAGUUUUCGCCAUUAUUGAAUUUGCUCUUGUAGGUUGCCUUUGUGUACAGGUGCAGUAGUCCCAUUGUCCUCAUUCUUUGGCCUUAGAAAAGGCUUGGCCCGCUUUCGAAUUGUACUAAAAUUUUGCUAGACCAGCUCUGAUCUUUUGUUAGUCCCACCUCCAAAGAGGAAAAAAGAAAGUGAUUUUUAGGACGAAAUGGAUUAGAGUAAUCUAUUGUAGUAGUGGGUUUAUCCA